AUGCGCUGUUGGCUGUGAACGACUCAAGUCUUCAUUUUAUUUGAUUAAUCACUCAAACAGUGGUUUGUUUUCAUCUGAUUGUCACUACUGUCACCACAACCACCACAACCACACAUUCCCUCUACCAUUCAUUUGAUGAUAACAGUAAUCAUCUCCAAAAUGGUCUUCCAUUGCAACUGAUCUCCACUGCAAGACAUUUGUUGCCAUCGACUCAUAUAAGGAUCAGUUUGUGUGUUGUGCUGACGACGAAGGGACGAGUGAUUGGAUCCAAGCGUUGAUCUGCAAGUGAGUGAUGGCUCGAAGAGAUGGUCACUCUCGAAGUCACGCGUCCAGUGGUCACAAUUGGCAACGCUCUCGGGGGCAGAGGUCAGGGGGCGGCCACUCGAGCGGUCAGAACAGCAUUCUUCACACGUUUGACGACGAGUUCUCAUUCAUCUCUCCGUGUCUUAAAUAUUCCCUCUUCUUCUUUAACCUCAUAUUCUGGCUGGUGGGCGGCACUCUCAUAGGUCUGGGCGGCUGGUCCUUCCUCGAGGAGUACGACCACACAUUCCUCAAAGUCCAGAACAUAUUGGAUAUAAUACUUCAUAUCUCUGUGGCGCUCAUGACUGUCGGCGCCAUUAUAUUCAGUAUGAGUUUUGCCGGAUGUUUGGGUGCUCUCAGGGAAAACCUAUUUUUGCUAAAAUUGUAUUCAUUACUCCUUCUAUUGCUGUUCGUCGGAGAAGUCAUACUAUCGACCGUUGCGUUUGUUUUUCCCAAUUCCUUCUCAUAUUAUCUGAAGGAAAGCCUUUCUAAGGAUCCAAUCAUCAAAUAUAGAGACGAUACUAACCUUCAGAAUCUCAUUGAUGUCAUCCAAACAGAGUUCAAAUGUUGCGGUAUUUCUGAUAAGGGAUACAAAGACUGGUCGAGGAAUAUAUACUUCGAGUGCAAUCAGACGAACCCGAGUCCAGAGCGAUGUGCUGUGCCUUUCUCCUGCUGCAGGAACUCUAAAAACUUCGAUAGUGGUCUCAUAAACAUAAUGUGUGGAUAUAAUGUCCAAAAUAUCAGUUCUGUUGUUGAAGUCAACAAAUAUAUCUUCACGAGAGGUUGUAUUGAAGCCAUAACUGAGAUCAUCGAAAGGAACAUGAAUUUAGUGGCGGCCGUGUGUUUGGGGUCAGCACUCGUCCAACUGUUGGCCAUGUUUUUAGCGCGUUCUCUUCAGGGACAGAUACUCGCACAGAGGGCCCGAUGGAUGUGACAUUCCUGUACUUAGACACACAUACACUACAUAGUGAAUCAUCUCUCUCUCUCUCUCUCUCUCUCUCUCUCUCUCUCU